CGCUCCGAUUGGGUCAAUGUCUGCCGUCUGGUGCUGCGUCCGCCGUCGUUUCCAAAAUGGAGACACAGCCGCGCCGAACUCGUGAUUAAAACACGAUUUACGAACGACCCAAGACGAAAGCUCGUUUUUCGACGACGACGAAGACCAGCGCCGAUCGUUUCGGCCACUCAAAUUUAGUAUAGAUUCCCGUCGGAAAAAAGUCGAACUAUAAUAAAAUAUUAUUCUCGUCCGUUUCUCCCGCGGUCGAGGAGUUUGGUCAGUCCGUUAACGCCAAGCCGCGGUCUGCGUGUGCGCGCGCUCGCGUGUGUGUGUGUACCGUGUUUGAGUGUGCGUGCGCGUACUGCGUACAGUCCGUCGUCGUUUUCCAAUGUGCUGCUCUGCCGCCGCCGCCGCCGCCACCACUACCCUCAGGUAGUAGCGUACACUAGCGUAGUAUGUGGGCCGCGAACCAGGCCAGAUAGGCGUAUCAGAAAAAUUUCUUCUUUUUUUUUUAUCAAUAAAAAAAAGUGCGGAGCAAUAAAUCACGUUUCCUUUUCUCGUUCCGUUUUGUACGGCACACAUUUUCCAUUACCACCCGUGUGUGUAUGUGUUUACGCCGAACUCGCGAGUUCUCACGAAUUAUGUAAAACCGAAGAGCAGCCCCCCGCCGCACACUUGGUCGACGACGCCGACGACGACUGCUGUCUGCUACGAGACGACGACGACGACGACGACAACGACGACGGUUGGUAAAAGAGCUUCUCCGAGGAGAGAACUCGACGACGAUUUUCACACCACCCGCCGGUGGACAUGAGCGGAAGGCCCAGGACCACUUCCUUUGCAGAAGGAAAUAAGACUUCUCCGAAUCCUCCUCUGGGCGGAAUUAAAGUCAUAAGUAAAGAUGGCAGUAAAGUCACUACAGUUGUGGCAAAUCCCUGCCAGGGACCAGAUCGACCCUUGGAGGUGUCAUAUACGGACACAAUGGUUAUCGGCAAUGGAAGUUUUGGUGUUGUAUACCAAGCCAAAUUAUGUGAUACAGGAGAAAUGGUCGCUAUUAAAAAAGUUCUUCAAGAUAAAAGAUUUAAAAAUCGUGAAUUACAAAUAAUGAAACGCCUAGAUCAUUGUAACAUAGUGAAAUUGAAAUUCUUCUUUUAUUCAAGUGGUGACAAGAAGGAUGAAGUUUAUCUAAAUUUAGUUUUGGAAUACAUACCAGAUACUGUAUAUAAAGUUGCUCGUCAUUAUAGCAAAUUAAGGCAAACAAUUCCGAUUAACUACAUAAAGCUGUACAUGUACCAGUUAUUCCGAAGCUUGGCUUAUAUUCACUCAUGCAUAUGUCAUCGUGAUAUUAAGCCUCAAAAUUUGUUAUUAAACCCUGAAACGGUAUUGAAAUUGUGCGAUUUGGCAGUGCUAAGACUCUUUCAAGGUGAACCUAAUGUAUCCUACAUAUGUUCAAGAUACUACCGAGCACCUGAACUGAUAUUUGGUGCUAUAGAUUACACUACAAAAAUUGAUGUAUGGAGUGCUGGUUGUGUAUUAGCAGAACUUAUGUUAGGUCAGCCAAUCUUCCCAGGAGACUCUGGUGUUGAUCAAUUAGUGGAAAUUAUAAAAGUCCUUGGCACACCAACAAGAGAACAGAUUAGAGAAAUGAAUCCCAACUAUACAGAAUUCAAAUUUCCACAGAUUAAAUCUCAUCCUUGGUCAAAGGUUUUCCGUAUGCGGACACCAGCAGAAGCUGUAGAAUUGGUGUCAGUGUUACUUGAAUAUACUCCAUCACUUAGGGUGUCUCCAUUACAAGCAUGUGCUCAUGCAUUUUUUGAUGAGCUAAGAGAUCCGCUCCAUAGAUUACCAAAUGGACGAUCAUUACCUCCACUAUUCAAUUUUACACAAUUAGAAUUGAGUGCAGCUGGGUCUUUGAAAUCUGCUUUGAUACCCAAGCAUUUAAAAGAUUCUGUAGGAAGCGGAAAUGAAGCAUCUGCAGCUAGUGGUGGUCCAUCUACUCCAGAGAAUAUUAAUCCAGACAGUCCAAAUCACCCUUCUUCAUCGACUACUUCCAGGCAACCUUCAAAUGAAAUAGUUUAAAAGUGCGACCAAAAAAUGCCUUGGCAAUCAAACCACUCACAAACAUAUUAAGGUAAUAUAUAUGUACACUGAAAAAAAUCUUACAAAUUCAUCAUAUCUGUAUUGUUUUUUGUAUUUAGUUUUAAAAAAAGUACAGUCUAAGGUUGUCAACUUUGUUAUUAGGUAAAAUUGUUGAUACCUAAAAUUGCCUUAUGAAAUGAAUGAAUUACGCAAUUUUAAAACAUUUUUAAGCUCAUUUCAAUAUUACUAACAACCAUUUUUUCUUUUUGUUACAAACUUAAAACAAAAUUAUUGGAACUAAUAAUCAGUCUUAUUUUAAUCUAAUAUUAUUAUGUUGUUGUUUUUCCCUUUUUUUAUGGUAAGGUAUUUGUUUUUUUUUCUCAGAGGAUCUCGUCAAACGUGUAGCCUUUUAAAAAUUAAAUUCAAAUUUUGAUUUAGUUCCCAAUUACUUGCCUUUUGUGUUAUUUUUAAGUCCAAAGAUAAUUGUAUAAACAAUUAAAUGUGUUAAUAUAUACUAAAAUAAACUCGUGUAAAUAUAGUGCAAAUUCUUAUGGUUUUGUAGUGUAUUUUUUAUGUUUGUAAGUGAUGUGAAAGCAUUCUUUAAAGGGUUAGGUCUAAAGCUUUUAUUCAAUCAUAAUACAUAUUAAUACAAAUGUAGAGUACCUAAUUGUUAAUUUCAUAAACUACAAAUGAUUUGUAUAACAUAAAAUUGCAGGUGUUUAAAAACUUA